AUGGUGAAGGAUACUAAGUUCUACGACCUCUUGGGCGUCGCUCCAGGCGCCUCUGACAACGAGUUGAAGAAGGCUUACAGAAAAUCGGCAUUAAAGUACCACCCAGACAAGAACCCUCUGCCUGAGGCAGCUGAGAAGUUCAAGGAGCUCUCGAGAGCUUACGAGGUGCUUUCAGACGACCAGAAGAGAGAGAUGUACGACUCUUACGGUGAAGAUGGCUUGAACGGCGGUGGCCCAGGCGGUAUGGGCGGUAUGGGUGCAGACGACAUUUUCAGCCAGUUCUUUGGUGGUGGAUUUGGCGGUAUGGGAGGCAUGGGCGGUGCCUCCAGAGGUCCUGCUAGAGGCAAGGACAUCAAGCACCAGAUCAGCUGCACUUUGGAGGAGUUGUUCAAGGGUAGACUGACCAAGUUGGCCUUGAACAAGACUGUCUUGUGUAAGACCUGUGACGGCCGUGGAGGCAAAGAGGGCAAGGUCAAGCAGUGUAGCACCUGUCACGGUGUGGGUAUGAAGUUCGUCACCAGACAGAUGGGUCCUAUGAUUCAGAGAUACCAGACCCAGUGUGACGCCUGUCAGGGUACCGGUGACAUCUGCGACCCCAAGGACAGAUGUACCUCCUGUAACGGUAAGAAGACCGCUGCUGAGCGCAAGAUCUUGCAGGUUCACAUUGAUCCAGGUAUGAAGGAUGGCCAGAGAAUUGUUUUCUCCGGUGAAGGUGACCAGGAGCCAGGUGUGACCCCAGGUGAUGUUGUGUUCGUGGUGGACGAGAAGCCCCACGCUAAAUUCCAGAGAAAGGACGCCGACUUGUACUACGAGUGCGAGGUGGACUUGUUGACUGCAUUGGCCGGUGGCGACAUUGCCUUCAAGCACGUUUCUGGCGACUACAUCAAGUUCUCCAUCUUGCCUGGUGAGGUGAUCUCCCCAGGUGUCUCUCGUGUGAUUGAGAAGCAGGGUAUGCCAAUCUACAGAUCCUCCGACAGAGGUAACUUGUUCAUCAAGUUCAACGUGAAGUUCCCAGAGGCCCACUUUGCCUCCGAGGAGAAGUUGAAGCAGUUGGAGGGCAUCUUGCCUCCAAGAACCAAGUACCAGGUCCCCAAGGGCGCCGAGGUGGACGAGUGUGACUUGGUCCACGUUGAUCCAUACAAGCACAGCAGCAGCGGCAGAAGAGAUGCAUACGACUCUGAUGAUGAGGAGGGUGCCGGCGCCGGACCAGGUGUCCAGUGUGCCUCGCAGUAA